GUGUCAUGGCGCGCUCCAUCUGAAGUCUGUGCAGUUUCCUGACAGUGGCGAGUGGUGUUUCUCUCACUUUGGACAGAUUCGUCUUUCAAGAGGACCUGAGAGCGAUUUCAGAUAAUCAAGGGUGAAGAAGCUGGAUUGAGCAGCAAGAGAAAGACACGAGGGGUGGCCUGUGGUUAGGAGGCCUAGGAGAGUGGCAUCCUGAUGCCUAUGGAGGGAGAUGCCUUCUCCAUCUUGCGAUGUGCUGCUGGAUGAUAUAGAAGAUAUCAUGUCACAGGAAGAUUCAAACCCACAAGACAGACAUUUCUCAAGAAAACAUGUGUUUCCUAAAGUACGAAAGCGCAAUACCCAAAAAUACUUGCAAGAGGAGCCCAUGCCACCAAGUGACAGCACUAUUCCAGGCAUACAGAAAAUUUGGAUACGAACAUGGGGCUGCUCACAUAAUAAUUCAGAUGGAGAAUACAUGGCUGGACAGCUUGCUGCCUAUGGCUAUAAAAUUACAGAAAAUGCAUCAGAUGCAGAUUUGUGGCUCCUGAACAGUUGUACCGUGAAAAAUCCAGCUGAAGACCACUUUAGAAACUCAAUCAAAAAAGCUCAAGAGGAGAAUAAGAAGGUUGUCCUAGCUGGCUGUGUUCCCCAAGCCCAGCCUCGUCAGGACUACCUCAAAGGACUGAGCAUCAUAGGGGUUCAGCAGAUAGAUCGUGUGGUAGAAGUUGUAGAGGAAACAAUAAAAGGUCAUUCAGUGAGGCUUCUGGGCCAGAAGAAAGACAAUGGGAAGCGCUUGGGGGGAGCAAGGCUGGAUUUGCCGAAGAUCAGGAAGAAUCCUCUGAUAGAAAUCAUUUCAAUCAACACGGGGUGUCUCAAUGCUUGUACCUACUGCAAAACUAAACAUGCCAGAGGAAACCUGGCCAGCUAUCCCAUUGAUGAGCUUGUAGAGAGAGCCAAGCAGUCCUUUCAAGAGGGUGUUUGUGAGAUAUGGUUGACCAGCGAAGACACUGGGGCCUAUGGCAGAGACAUUGGCACUGAUCUCCCCACACUCCUGUGGAAGUUGGUGGAAGUGAUUCCAGAGGGAGCCAUGUUGAGGCUGGGCAUGACGAAUCCACCAUACAUUUUAGAGCAUCUGGAGGAAAUGGCGAAAAUCCUUAACCACCCCAGAGUCUACGCUUUCCUCCAUAUCCCCGUGCAGUCCGCCUCUGACAGCGUACUCAUGGACAUGAAGAGAGAGUACUGCGUGGCUGACUUCAAACAAGUUGUGGAUUUUCUCAAGGAGAAGGUUCCUGGAAUAACGAUUGCUACGGAUAUUAUCUGUGGUUUUCCUGGAGAAACCGAUCAAGAUUUUCAAGAAACAGUGAAACUUGUUGAAGAGUACAAAUUUCCAAGCCUCUUCAUCAACCAGUUCUAUCCAAGACCCGGAACUCCUGCUGCAAAAGCUGAACAGGUUCCAGCACACGUGAAAAAACAAAGGACAAAAGAUCUUUCUCGGGUGUUUCAUUCCUACAAUCCAUAUGAUCACAAGAUUGGCGAAAGACAACAAGUGCUAGUAACAGAAGAAUCUUUUGACUCUAAGUUUUAUGUUGCACAUAACCGAUUCUAUGAGCAGGUUUUAGUGCCAAAGAAUCCUGCAUUCAUGGGGAAAAUGGUUGAAGUAGACAUUUAUGAAUCAGGAAAGCACUUUUUGAAAGGACGGCCAGUAUCAGACAGCAGAGUCUAUACCCCAUCCAUCAGCAAGCCGCUGGCCAAGGGAGAAGUCUCGGGUUUGACACAGGAAUUCAGAAAUAGGCUUGGGAGUCAUCUAAAUUCAGCUUCAGACACCUGCGCUGCAACUCGGCAUGACUCAGCGUAUUCCAGAAUGGUGCCUCAGAUGUUCCAGCACGACUGUGUAUUGAGGGUAGCUGCAGGCCUGGCUCUCAUCACUCUUCUGUUUGCAUUUCUAGCCAGAGUCUAUGCUUACAGUGUAACUAAAUGAAGCACCCAUAAGGAGUAAGCUUCUAAUUAAAAUACUCAACAAACAGGAAAUCAGCUACACCAGUUCUCAAGAGGUGGUCAUCCGAACUGGUCACACUGCUUUGUCUGGACCCCCUUCCUAAUGAGGCUCACCCUGUCUCACAUUGAGCUGAGCCAUUUGACCUCAAAUGAGAUCACAGCUUCUGGAACGUGUCUUUCUCAUCAAACACCUUUUGACUUCUUUUUAGCAACAAAUGCAAGUGGUCCUCCCUCUUUUUUUUUUUUUAAUUACCAGUCAUUAAGCUCCAACCUAAGUGCAUAGUGACUCUCACCACCAGUGGUUCUGGCCAUCUUUCCCUUGUGUGGAAGAACAUCCAGCCCUUAAUAAACAUUCUUCAUGCUGUGUUUGGAGGCCCUGUGCUACAAACAUCUUUUUCAGAACAGAUGUGUUCCCAGAAAGUUUAUAUAGAAACCUAUUUUGGGAACCUGGACCCAAGUCUGCCACUUAAAGGACUCUUCCCAGCGUUUUAGAAAAUGUGAAGAAUCCAUGCCUAUGGUACCCACAAGCUUCCAAACACAGCCGACCAGACAUGCUACAUUUAUGAUUGUGACCCAACCCCAUGAGUCUUUACUAACUGAAAUGACUUCUUUCACAAUAAAUGGAAUUGGUGCAA